CCGCAACAUCAUGACACGAACCGGGGCUGAUCUCCGUGCUCGCAGCACUCAGCAUGCGCUCGUUCUGGCUCACCGCGCUGCUGCCCUCGCUGGCAGCCGCCGACUGGCAGUUUAAGUCGCGUUCGGACCUGGCUCCGCCGCGUCUGAACAUCACUAUCCCGGCUACAUCCGAUGUCGAACAGGGUUUCCUGUUCGUGGCCCCCUUCGCCGGCUUCCCCGACAAACCGGGCGAGAUGCACGGCCCCCGCCAGGCGGCGCCGUAUAUCUUCCGCGAUGACGGCGAGCUCGUCUGGUCCGGCUACAGCUACUACUCUAUCUGGGCGACCAAUUUCCAGAUGGCGCGCUGGAAGGGUAAGGAUGUGCUGUUUUGCUUUGAGGGUGACCAUAAUCCCGGUUAUGGCCAUGGUCAUGGUCAUACCACCUUCUUGGACCAGCACUACGAGACGAUCCGCGAGCUGCGCGCUGGCAAUCACAAGAUUACGGAUAAGCAUGAGUUCCAUGUGAUCAAUGAGGAGACUGCCCUUAUCCAGAUCUAUCAGCCUGUGCCGAUGGACUUGACCCCUUGGGGAGCGAGUCCGGAGCAGCAGUGGAUCGUGGAUGCAAUCAUCCAGGAACUCGACAUCGAAACGGGAGAGCUUCUCUUCGAGUGGUCUAGUCUGGAGCAUGUCCUGCCUGAUGAGGCCAUCCUGCCCAUCAACCCCGGCCAAGCCGGCUCAGGCUACAACUCCUCCGACGCAUGGGACUACUUCCACAUCAACUCCGUCGACAAAGACUCCGAAGGCAACUACCUCAUCUCCGCGCGCGACGCCUGUGCCGUGCACAAGAUCGAUGGCUCCACCGGCGAAAUCCUCUGGCGCCUAGGCGGGACGAAGUCCGACUUCGAACUCGGCGACAAUGUCGCCUUCUGCUUCCAACACCACGCGCGCUUCAUCUCCAAGGACGGCUCGAAGGAAGUCAUCUCGCUGUACGACAACGCUGCGCACGGCACCGAGGACGGCCGCGGUCACGAGGUGCACACGCACCCGUUCUCGCAGGGCAAGAUCAUCGAGGUCGAUACGAAGUCGUGGUCCGCCCGCAUCGUGCAGGCCUUCGCGCCGCCUGACGGUCUGCUCUCCAAGAGCCAGGGCAGCACCCAGGUGCAGCCCGGUGGCAAUGUCCUCGUCAACUGGGGGUCCGAGGGCGCUAUGACUGAGUUCCGACCGGAUGGAACGCCUAUCUUCCAUGCGUACAUGGACUCGGGCGACUUGGGCGCCGGCGUCGAGAACUACCGCGCUUUCCGGUACAACUGGACGGGGCUGCCGCAUGAGACGCCCGCGCUGGUGUCGCUGGUCAACGACGACGGGACUACAGCAUAUGUGUCGUGGAAUGGCGACACGGAGACCAAGGUGUGGCGGUUCUACGCGGCUGUUGAUGAAUACGGAUCGCGCGAGUUCCUGGGCGAGGCGGAGCGCACUGGGUUCGAGACGGCCCUGGACCUGGGCCCCAAGGCCGUGCAUGCUGUGUCAGCUGAGGCGAUCGGUGCGAACGGUCGCGUUUUGACUACGACUGCAGUUGUCAAGACGAAGGAGGAGGUGCUGCCGCCUGGGGCGGCUAAGGCUUCUAAGCCGUCUUUGUCGGUCCAGGUUGAGGGCCUGCGGGAGCAGGUGACGGCGGAGAAGACUCGCUGGGCGGAGUAUAUGAUUCUGAAGUUCGAUCGAUUUGGUCGUCUUGAGCUGUGA